UGUUCUUGUUUGGUCUUUCCUCAAUGUACUACUCUAAACUAAAGUCAAUUUCAUUGAUCAGGCCCAAUAAUAAUAACAAUAAUUCUGAGAAUAUGCUUCUCUCCGAAAAAGACCUCAAUGCAGUGGAAUUCAAUUUCUUGGUAAGACCCACGUUGGAAUUCAAGCAUGAUCAUCACUGCCAAAUUUCACUUUCAUCAUCAUCAUCAUCAGAAGAAGAAGAAGACGACGUUCAUGAUCGGAAGCAAGAAGAGGAGGACAGAAAAAAAGAAGAUAAAUUCGACAUGUUGGUUUCGACUUUGAAGCUCAAAAUCCCAUCUCCAGAUCAAGAAUUCAGAGUACUAGAAGAUCAGGAAAAUCAUGUCGGAGUUGUCGACGGGUUCAAGACUCCAACUUCUUUGGACCACAAGAUCCCGGCGACCCUCAAAUGCCCGCCGGCGCCGAGAAAACCCAAGUCGCUCCCGUCGACGAAGCGGAGAUUGCCGAUCAGCCGCCGCCGGGUGCUUCUUGAUCUGACGAGUGAGAUUGAGUCGUUGUUUCCUCCGGCAAUUCUUGCGGAUCUUGGUGGUAAAAUUAAGAAAGUUAGACAAGCUGGGAGUGGAAAUAUUUUAUAAUAAUGGCCGAUUUCAAUCAUACGUAUGUAUGUUAUUAUGUGAAAUACUAAAAGAAUUUAUCUUCUUUUUU